AUGAGUCGCAUCACCGUCUCUAAGGCGUGCGACGCAUGCAGGCGACGCAAAGUCAGAUGCACCUGGGGUCAGCCCUGUGCAGCUUGCAAGCAGGCAGACCUGCAAUGCACCUUUCUAUCGGUGCGUCAGAAGAAAGGACGAAAGGGUGAUACUGCAAAUGUCAUCUCAGAGCUUCGCGCUUUUCAGCCAGAGCCUGUCCGGUAUACUGCGCCGGCGAGCCCAGAGCCUAGCCACAGUUUGCUCUACGCCUCUCCUUCUUUCUCCCUCGAUGUUCACACGAGCCCUCAAGGACUCGACUCGCAACUCACCAAGACUGGCUUUCUGCGCAGUGCCGGCCUCCUGCCAGCAAAAGUUAUUGAACUGUGUACCGAGCUUUUCUUCUCACAUAUGCGUUCCACUGUGCCAAUACUGACGCAGGAAUUUAUCAUCCAAGCUGCUUCAUCGGCAGCUGGAGGGGGAGGCCUUGGCGAAGAAGCCUACUGUCUGCUGUGCUCAUUCUGUGCCUUUGUCAUCCUCCAGACAGGCGGGAUUUCUACAACACAUCUUGCGCAAGCAGAGAUCCAGUAUGCGCCUCAUCCAUACGGACAGUUGCUCUUGCGUGAAGCGCUAUCGGCUCGAAGCCAUUUGGAUAUACUGGCAACGCCGACACUGCGCACAGUGGUGCUCACCUUCUUCAUUUACGGUUGCCAUUCGGCCCUCGGAAAACAUCGACUGGCAUGGUUUUUCUUGAGGGAGGCAACAACGCUCUACACCUCUGCAACGCUGGAUUCAAGUGACCAAAUGGCGGACGAAGCCCUCAACCGCUUAUACUGGCUGCUUCUCAUUUCUGAACGAUCUCAUGCGAUCCGUAGACGUCGCCCCAUAACACUUCAGAUAACGCCCCAAGCUCCGUUGCUUGAGCAGACCGUCAGUAACGACCCGACUUUGACCGGAUUUCGUUACCUGGCAGAACUGUUUCGCCCAAUCGAUGACGACUUUAUUGCUCUUUGGAACAGAGCUAGUAGUACAGCAUCAAAAGAGAUCCUCGUUCGACUUUCCGAGAAUAUCCACUCCAUUGUCCCAUCCUCAGUGGAUCUGGGGGAGACUCAACUGGCAAACAUCCGCGUAUCCCAGCAGUGGCUUCGGGUCAUUGUCUGGCAACUGUGUACGAUGUUAGGAUUUCUCUCCAGCGAAUCGACGGACGCAAGUCUGACUUUCCGAUAUCCCUUGAAGAUCGCCCAGGAUCUGGCGAUAUCAACAUGGAAGCUGCCUCUUCAUAGCAUGCAGAUGCAUGGGAUCGGGCUGACCGAAAAGGUCUUCGACAUCGCAUUCACCCUUGUGGACGUGAUUGCAUACAUACCCAGUGGUGAAGCCAAGGCAAGCGGCUUUGAGAUUGGACCCGAAGAUAAUCUAAGGCACUUUCUUUCGCUGAUCUCGCAGCUACCAGGUGGCAGCAGAAAGUAUUUGCCUCUGUUAAUGACCAAGGUGGAGCAAACGCUGCCCGAGAUGACUGCGCCGCUUGCAAGGCAUCUUCGAUUUCCUUUGGAAGAGAAUUCUAAUGGAGCUAUCACUACUUAA